GUAGGGCUCCGCUGAGAGGAGGCUGUGCUGAGUCUGGUGGGGGCCAUCCUCCCAACCCCACAGGCCAAUUCCAGGAAAUCAACUCACAGACCCGUCAGUUGUGCCUGGACUGUGGACCAAGCAAAGAGCUCCUGGAGUCGACGACGCUUAGCCCACAGGCCGUUGCAGGAGCUCUGGCUUUCUUCAGCUCCUCCCCAUAGGGUGGUCGCCUCCGGACAGUUUGUUCUGAAGAACAGCAACAAAUUCUGGACCACGAGCACUUGGACAGUAACUUAAAAUACACAUUCAGACCCUUUGAUCCAGCAAGCCUUGUGCCUAGGAGCUAUCGUGAAGAAAUGACCUGCUUAGCCGGAUGGGCUUUCAUGUAUCUGCAACGUUUGAACUUUUUAUGGGAGCGGCGCUUGUGAGUCUUCUUGGUACUGGCAGAACGCUUCUUGCCAGAGUGACUGUGGGGGAGGCCGGUGUGCCCUUCAUCACCGUGAGUGGGUCAGAGUUCCUGGAAAUGUUGGUUGGCAUGGGCCAGCAAGGGUUCGUAACAAGUUUGCAGUGGCUCGAAAAAACCCUCCUUGUAUCUUACUUAUUGAUGAGAUUGAUGCCAUUGGCGGAAAGCAAGGCCAGGGGCACCGUGGAGCCCGGAAUGAGCAGGAGAACACACUGAACCCGAUGCUUGUGGAGAUAGACGGUGAGCGGAUGCCAGUGACAGCCGCUGAGACCAGGCCUGUGCCGUCAGCACCGCCAGAACCUCCUCCAGCCUUUUGUUCCUGUAAACUCCCUGGGGUUCGCCUCUCCACGAGCACUGUGGUGCUGGCUGGCACCAGCUGCCCUGUCGUUCUCGACCCGGCCCUGACGCAGCCUGGCCUGUCUGACUGCCUGAUUCACGUCGGCACCCCUGACGUCAGAGGCAGGGCCUCCAUCUUCAGAGUCCACCUGUGCACGCUGAAGCUAGACAAGAGCCUCCAGAAGGACACGCUAGCAGAAAAGCUCCUGGUGCUCAUGUGGUGCUUCCCGGGCCUCGAGAAGAAGACGCAGGUGUGCAGCCCAGUGAGAGGGUGACCGUGGCCUCCCCUGAGGCCAGACUUGGCACUGGGCUGAUUCCUGAAUCCUGCGGACCCCGUGCUGGAGGUCAGUGUGGGUGUUUACCUUCCCCGGGUGACUGCGUGUGGCCUCUGGUCAUGAGGGCACAAUAUGUUCACAGCAGCCCCCUUUUACUUUUCAAGGAAUGUAGUAGUUUAGAAUUGGGUUCAAAAGAUUGUUCAGGGAUGUGUAGCAGUAAGGGACAGGGUGUUGACUCCCAGUGGGAUCUGGAUGGCGGACACCCGACACCCCAGAGAUUUGAUGUUAAACUUGGCUCACUCCUAAGCUUUGGACCCAAAAGGUUGGCUCUUCGAGAACUUCCUUAGGACUGAUAGGAUGGAGGUGGUUUCCAUGCUAAUCUUUGGGGUGACUCCACCCAGACCCACCAAAUCCUGGGUGGAGACCAGGGGUCUGUCUCCUCUCCUCCCAUGCCCUUGUGGCCAGUGAUCAUAGUAGGGCAAAUUGGUCUGGGAUGCUUCAGAGGUGGGACCUGGAAGGGGCAGGAGCUCUGCCUGGGGAGUGGAGGCUGGGACCACAGGCACUGUCUGCCUGUGUCUUCUAGGUGUCCAUCAUCCCCCGGGGCAGAGGGCUCAGCUGUGCCCAGUGUUUUUGCCCAGGGAGCAGUAUCUGCCCACACGGGAGCAGCCCUUUGACCUCAUGUGCAUGAUGCUGGGGGCAGGGUGGCUGAGCAGCUGUGUUUUGGGUGGGUCACCCAGGGGCCCAGGAUGACUUGAGGAAAGUCACCCAGAGGGCCUCCUCCAGGUAAAGGGCAGCCGCCCUCGUUGGGGGCUCUGCAUGGCUGAGUCCCUCCAGGCUCACCCCCACCUCCUUGCUUCCAGAUUGUGCGUUUGGGAUGAGCGAAGAGCUGGGACAGGUGUCCUCUGACCUCUCCC